GGUUCUAUGUUUAUUACACCGCCAUGCCUCGAACGCGCCGUCACUUGCACCGCCCACGCGUAUCGCCACGGCGAGACAGUUUCUCUCCCGUUUCCUCUGCCUCGUCCCCACCUCCUCCCCUCGCCAGCGGCCGGCCAUGGCGGACGACGCCUCGCCGAGCGGGCGCGGCGGCAGGCGUUGCGCUACGCCCACGCGCGUCGACCUCCUGGCCCUCCUCCUCGCCGCGACGCUCUGCUCCGCGUCCUACUGCCUGGGGGUAUGGCACAACAGCCGCGGCGCCGCGGACGGCAGGGUCCUGGCUCUGAGCCCGGCCGCGGCCGUCGCUGUCGGCGCAGCGUCGUCGUGCGGGGGAGACUCCGACGGGCCGCUCGACUUCGAGGCGCGCCACGCCGCCGAGGACGCCGGGCUAUCCGUGUCGGCGACGGCGGCGAGCACGAGGGCACGGCGGGCGCUGCGCGGCGCCGCGCCCGGCAGAACGGGGCGCCGCGGCGUGGCUUCGGCGGCGCGCGUCGGCGGCAGCGGCCUCCGGUCCGCGGACGCUGGCGCCGUCGGCGGGUAGGUCGACGCCGUGCGUCCUGCAGGGCGCCGGGGCCCCGGCGCGCGCCGCUCUGGACGUCGGGCGGUCGGAGCCGCUCUCGGGUCCUGUCGACCCGGACGUAUGGUCGUCUGUUCUGUUCAGGGGGUUGUGAAUUUACAUUCGAGUUCCUUUUGAUGUGCUGUUUAUAGUUUGAUUUAAUCUUGGGGGUCUGUAAGAAAAUUUCCCUUGCGGUUGCAGCGAUAGAGACUCGUUGGAAUUUAGUUGAUCUAA